GACAGCACACAGACACGGAGAGAGACACAGACGGAGCUGAGCUGUUACCAUUGCCAGACUCGUUUUGGUGCGCGUAAAAGACGCCUUUCUGUUUUUGCGCACAGCAAAAAAAAAAAAGGGAAAAAAAGGGGGAAACGUGCAAAGAUUGAUAUGGAAGUUUCGACUUCAAAUACUUUUUCUGGCUCGUUGACUUUAUUAUUUGUAGGAGAGCGGACUCUCCGCAGACUACAACUGUACACUUAGAAACGAGCGUGACGCUUUCGGAAACUUUCCAACAUUCACUUGCGUUUGGAAUCGUUAACUUAGUCGUGUAAUUAAUUGGGGUUAUUUCCGCCGGUUUAGUGACAUUUUCGCUUCUAAACAGUAAAAUGGAUCCUUUAUUCAGUACUACCAAUGCGUCAAAUUGGACCAGCAGCUCCAAUGGUACCAAUAACGGGACCAUUUACAGGAAUCAGUUUGUGCAGCCGGUCUGGAAAAUCGUCCUCUGGGCCAUUGCCUACAGCUGUAUAGUUAUCGUGUCCGUAGUAGGUAACAUCACAGUCAUCUGGAUUAUUAUGGCGCACAAACGCAUGAGGACUGUCACCAAUUAUUUUCUCCUGAACCUCGCGUUCGCCGAAGCGUCCAUGUCUGCAUUCAACACGGUGAUCAACUUCACCUACGCGAUGCACAACGAGUGGUACUUUGGACUCGCCUACUGCCGCUUCCACAACUUCUUUCCGAUCGCGGCUGUGUUUGCCAGCAUCUAUUCAAUGACUGCCAUCGCUCUGGACAGGUACAUGGCCAUCAUCCACCCUCUGCAGCAGCGCAUGUCCUCCACAGAGACCAAGGUGGUGGUGGGUGUGAUCUGGGUUCUGGCUCUGCUCCUGGCUUUUCCUCAGUACUACUAUUCCAACACGGAUGAGCUCCCUGGCCGAGUGGUGUGUUACAUCGACUGGCCAGAAUACACUGUGUUUGACUUCAAAAAGAUGUACUACGUGUGUGUGGUCAUCCUCAUAUAUUCAUUUCCACUGCUGCUGAUGGGUUGUGCUUACCUGGUGGUGGGACUGACACUCUGGGCCAGUGAGAUCCCUGGGGACUCCUCUGACCGCUACAAGGAGCAGCUGACUGCCAAACGCAAGGUGGUGAAGAUGAUGAUUGUGGUGGUAUGUACUUUUGCCAUCUGCUGGCUGCCCUACCAUGUCUACUUCCUGCUGCACCAGUUCUUCCCCGAAAUGUUUGAGGAAACAUACAUCCAGCAGGUCUACCUUGCUAUCAUGUGGUUGGCCAUGAGCUCUACCAUGUACAACCCCAUCAUCUACUGCUGCUUAAAUGACAGGUUUCGAGCUGGUUUUAAACAAGCAUUCCGCUGCUGCCCCUGCGUCCCUCAAGGCUCCUAUGAAGGCCUCGAACUCAAGUCCACUCGCUAUCUUCAGACCCAGACAAGUGUUUACAAGGCCAGCAGGAUGGAGACCACCGUGUCUACUAUUCUACAGGUUGGGGACGAUGUAGAGCAGCCCAAGGUGAAAGUUAUAGGAGGCCCAGCGCCUGGCGGGGCUGUGGUUGAGGCCAGACCACACAGCUCCUCCAUGGACCUCACCUCAAAUGGUUCAUCAUCCUGGAGUGUCUCCAAAACAGUAUCAGAGAUGUCGAGUUUCUACUCCAGUAGCAACCUAGAGGAAUAGACUUCAAGUGCAGGCAGCAUUUUGCUGGACAGCAGGAAAAGAAUGUAAGUUGAGCGAUCACGUUGCUGCUUUUGCCUGCGUGUGUUUAUGAAAAGUACAGCAGGAAUAUGUGAGUUUGUCUGCCGGUGAAUGUGAGUUUUUAAUGAACACAUUUCCAGUGUGUUUGCUGGAAUGCCAUGCUGGGAAAUAUUGUCCCUGUUCACAGAACUGUAGUUUCACUUAGUUAUCCAAUUCAGAGCUAAUGGUCAGCUGGCAUUCGUAGGAUUUGCCAGGUGCCAGAAUGGCUCGAGCUUCAACAACAAGAGCACAUGUCAGUUUCAAAAAGCUAAACUGAAGCCGACACUAGCGCCUCCAUUGUUCACAGCUUCUGCAUGUCACCCCAGUCAUCUCAGGUUCACACAUGCUCGAUCACGCAGGCUGCGUGACUUCGCACAGUCUAUUUUAGAGUGAAGCUGUCACGCGAUGCCAAUACACUGCUGUAAAAACGGCGGCUUCUCCUUUUAACAGAGGGGUUUUCUCCGAAGAGACAAAGUUUUGAAAAAAGUGAAGGCAAAAUGUUUUACACAAGAGUUCUCUAACAGACACUGAAACACAGGCAGAUGUGGGAUUUUAGUUCAAAGGGUCUCCCACAAGGGGAGAUAAAAACUGUAAACAACAAAUCUACUCUGAACUUGCCAGCUCUGUCUCACUGAGCAGUCCAACAUGCAGAGCAAGCGCCUGUCUGAUUGAAGAAGCGCUCAAAAGAUCCUCUGCAGGUGUUGCUGAAAAGUUCUGGCAAUCAGCAUAAACACCAGCAGUGUAGGACUCCCCCGUCAUCAGGCUACGCAUUGACUUCAGCAGCUGGCAGCAUCAUUUCUGAAAAACAGAGGCGCUUCAGAUGCUAAAGAGGCUGCUGUUUCAAGAGAAGGCAAACAUUUAGCUAAACACCCCACAUGCCCAAUAUGAACCCUUAAAUGAUGUGAGUCCACCAUUAAUUCUGUUCAACACAAAGAAAUAAUCGAGUGUUCUGCAGAAAAGAAAUGAUCGAGUGUUCUGCAGAACCAGUACAUUAUUUUAAUUUGUUUAACAUGCUCCUCCUCCAUCAGAUACAUACACUUCAUUGGUGAACUGAAAGACAGGCACUGCUUUCAGAGUGUAAAACAUUUUUUUAAAAACUUUUUUUUAGCUGGCACCAACAUAAAAUGAUCUUUUCAAGCAAUUGUUCACCUUAAAAUCAGAUUUAUUGGGCUUUCAGUUCUGGACAUUCCCUGGGGUAAUCCAGCAAACCACUUUAGUUUCACUUUGUCUGUUAUGGUUUUUUAUUUUCUUGUAUUUCUAUGUUAGCUUUAUCGUUCUCUCCCUACACUGUUUUGGGCUGAAUCUGGUACAUUAUAUGGGUAGGCUCCAUUGUUAAGAUGGGCGAAGUGAACUUUAACUUCCUUUGCAUGAGAUGUCACUGGACAGUUGUUUCAAAUACUGUUUAAGCUGUCAGUCCAAAAUGUAAUCCAGCUACAACAGGACACAAGUUAGUAUCAGGUUUAAAGUUCUUUGCAGACUUUUUGUCCUUGGAUGUGCAGCUUGUUACCUGUGGCUCUUUAAUGUGCAGUGAUGUGCCUUGCUGCUUUUCAUAAUGUCUGAAACAAAACAAAAACACACACACACUAAACAAAACCCAAAAAGACAUAAAAACAAAAUUUUCCUUUUCGA